CAAGCCCAAGCCUCGGGGCGACUUUGAACUUUGAUGUUCGGGCACUCUGACAGCACCCCUGUGCCAACACUGGGGGCGACCGUGGCGCCGCGGCAGCCAUGCCUCCCGGUGCGCCUGGCAGCUCGGUGCCCAAGGGCUGCGGCAAGGGCGCCAAGGGCAAGGGCAAGGGGAAGGACAAGUCUGGCCACAAGGAUGACAACGCCGACCUCCACAGCAACAUGGGCGGCAGCGCGAUGAACGUCAAGACCGAGGGGCCACCAUCUGCCAAGGCGCCUCGUCGACCAGGUGCUGCGGGAGCAGCGUCUGCAUCCACGGCGUCUCCCGCGGGGAAGACCGCCCCCAGCAGGGCCGCCGAGCCCCGCCCCUACUUGACGAACAGCGGCGUGGACGCCUACAUGGAUGAGCUGACCGAGGCGCCCUCGAAGUGCGGCCGCAAUGAUUGCCCCAACACUCUUGCCAAGGCUGGUGACAACGAGGAGUUCCGCUGCAAGGAGUGGGGUAACUACAGCUUCGAGUGGAAGAAGGUUGGGAAAGAAUGGAGGGAGGUCUACUUCCCUGCGGGACCCGCGUGCUGGCUCUGCGGGCCAGUGUGCAACACCUUCGCUUUCGUCGGAAACCCCGCAGCGGUCAUCGACAAGUGCAAUGAGGACCCGAGCUUUGCGGAGGUGUUUGUCGCCGCCGUGCGGUCUAGCCAGCACCGCGCCUUCUUCUACUCCAGCGACGUGUACCGCAACCAGUCGCACUUCACCAGGGCUUCGAAGCGCAAGCGUGGACUCACUGCCGCAGAGUUCGAGGACGAGUCGUUUCCAUCGAUUCGUUCGGCUCUGAGCUGCAUGCAUUGACGAUGCCAACCGCCGCGCUCCACUAGAGAGCCAAAAGCACGCUAUCGGUGAAGACCCUACGCGCGCGAGACGGCACCUCUCAACCAGCAAGGUGAGCGUUACGAACAGAGCAGGUCCGUGUUUUCGCACGCGCGCAGCUGCCUUCUUCGUGCUUGGCGCUGACGCGCGUGACCUCACAGGCUGCUGACGUUGGCUUGCUGUGGGGGUAAUUGUUUGUACCGCGAGCCGCGAGCCG